AUGUAUCGCCAGUUUAUGAUACAGAUUCAAAGUCUCGAUCAAUAUAAGCAUUUACUCCAACCGCAACUGGAGCAGCUGGUCCUCCAGCACAUGGCGGCCAUGUUAAGACCGACCUUAGGAGCAAUGGCUCCUCAACAAGUUCCGGCUCAACCGGCCUAUGUUGACCCUGAAGCGGAAAGACGGCGCCUGCUGGAAGAAGAACAAGCGCGUAAAAUCGAAGAGGAAAGGCUUCGCAUUGAAAAUGAAAAACGCGAGGCUCUUGAAUUCGAGAACAUGCUCAAGGCGCAGGAGGAAAAACUACGCGAAAGAGAGGAACAACUGAGGCAAAAAGAAAUGUCAUUCUUACAGCAGCAGGACUUCCUCAGGCGCCAGGAAGAGGAGCGAUUGAAAGAAGAAGAGGCCCAACGAGCGGAGGAAGAAGCGAAAAGAAAAGCUCAAGAGGAAGAGGAGCGAAGGCAGCUCGAACUUCAGCGCCAGCAGGAAGCAGAGGCUCAGCGCCAGAGGGAACUUGAGGAGCAAAGGAGAUUGGAAGAAGAGCGUAUUUUGGAGGAAAAGCGAGCCGCAGAGCAACGACUUCUUUUCGAGCAACAAAAAGCUCAAGAACAAGCCAAAAUUCUCCUCGACCGACAAAACGCUGAAAAAGCCCGAAAAGAAGAGGCAGAGAAGCGAAGAAAGAAGGAAGAGGAGAAGCGUCAGCAAGAAGCAAAGAAAGCUGCCGCUGAACGAAAGAAACUCGAGGCUGAGCAGCUCGCCAAGCGACAGGAGCAGAUUCGAAAGGAGCAGGAACGCGCUGCUGAAAAGGCGGCGAAGAAAGAGGCGGAGAAGAAGGAGCGGGAGCGAAAAGCGGCCGAGGAAAAGGCCAGAAAAGCUCGAGAAGACGCCAAAAAGUGGAAUGCUCCCGUUACCCCCGUCACUUCCGUCCCCAGCUUCAAGGAUCUCCAAGCCAAGGACGAGGAGGAACAAAAAAUCGAAAAGAAGGCAAAGGAAAUCGAAACCGCUCAGAAACGCGCUGCCGAGAAAGUCGUCGUUCAGAGCAAGGGACAGAGCGGCUGGGCUGGCCUUGUCCGUGGCGGUACAAAAACCGCCCCUGUUCCCGUUUCACCCGUCGUCGCCCAAAAAAUUACCUCAAAAGCUGGUCAACAGUCAGCCAAGAAGUCCGCAAGCAAGAACGGAACCAAAACGCCCAAGGCCAAGAAUGAUGAUUUGGGAUUCUGGGACACCGCAGUCACUGCCGUCUUGACUGAACCAACUGCCGUCAAUAAGGUUAUGUCAACCCCAAAUAAGAAAUCCGCGCAACAGAACGCUGACGAGGCUAAUGCUCGCAGCCAGUUUGAAAAGCUCACCCUCGUCGAAGAUCCACUUUUGUCUUGGGCUCGAAUUGAACUCGAAAUUAUCCCCAAUUCAAAUCAGAUCGACAUCCCGACAUUUGUCUCCUUCCUCCGUGAAGUCGAACACGACUACGAGGUAGAAGACUACUCCCGACAAUACUUUGGAAAUGGCAAAGAAGUUCUUAACUUUGCCCACAAAUUUAUGGAGAAGCGCAAGCAGAUCCGCAACGAAGGAACAGCGAGCAAAAAGAGCAAUCGAAAGAAAAAGAAUAAAAACAAAGCCACUGCCGAUCUUCUAGGCUUCACACCCGCUGCCGGAGACCAACGAAACCGAGAAGGACAACUCGAAGGUCGCUUUUAA